CGUUUGCAUUGCUAUAUGACGUCACACAACAAUAUGGCUGUCGAAGUCGAUUCAAAGUGUCUAAUUCUGUAUUCCAGCGCACGUUUGCAUAAUGUGGAAGUCUCUGAUGCACUUUAGAUUAUGUUAGCGGAUUCAUUCCAAUCAUUGGUUUAAUACAUCGAUCUGUUUAUUGAAAUUUAUCGAACAUACUGAGGUAAAUGAAAUGAGAAAAAAAACCCAAAAAACUGGAUAAACACUUCUGUCUUCAAACAAGUUCAGACUAAAAAUGGAGGUUCCUGAUGAAACAACAUUAUCAACAUCAUAUGUUUUCCGUGGAAUAGAAUAUAUCAUCACCAUGAUUAUUCAAGGAGGGAACUCAUUAACGGUUGAAGUAGAGGACCGGCUAACAGCAGAUCAGUGGAGAGCACAAUUUGAUUCCGCAUAUAUUGAAGAUCUGACGCACAAGACAGGGAACUUUAAACAAUUCCAUAUAUUCACCAGUAUGUUAGAGUCUGCCAUCACACAGAGUAGUGACAGUGUUUCCUUGGAUCUGCUUACCUUUGCUGAUUUAGAAUCUCUCCGCCAGAGGAAAGUUGGAUCAACUGCUGCAAAGUCAAGCAUUCCUGCGAACCGAACUGUCUCAUUAAAUUCGAAGAGAUAUCUCAUUUUGACUUACACUGUAGAGUUUGACAGGAUCCACUAUCCUUUACCUCUUCCAUAUAUGGGAAAACCUGAUCCCCGGGCAUUACAAGAAACAAUUCGCCAGUUGAGGGAGGAACUGAAAAGUCUUAGACAUCAGGGUGGUUCUGAAUUUAGAGCCAAAGAAGUAGAAAAACUACAGAAAGAAAACAAAGCAUUACUGAAAGAGAAGGAGGAAAUUGAAGAAGAAUUUCUUAGGUAUAGAAGAGAAAUUAAGAACACACCCACUGGAAAUGCUGUCAAAGAAAUUAGGAUGUUGAAAGCUGUGACAAAAAAUUUGGAAGAAGAACUAAUGAAGGAGAAAACCAGGCACCAGAGGUCUACCAGUAAAAGGAGUCAGGAGUACAGGGAUUUGCUGGAAGAGGUUGAAGAAUUGAGAGCUUCUGAAAGAAAUCUUCGAGUCCGUGUCAAAAGUCUCACCAAUGAGUUGGCUGUAUACAAAAGAGACCGAGUCAGAAACUCUAGACCACCAACAAGAGAAAGGUUCAACAAUCCAAGGGAGAGAUCAGGAUCCUUCUCAAGGGAGCGAUCCUUAUCUAGAGACAGAUCAUGGUCCAGUGACCGUUUGUCAACUCGAGAUAGGUCGUUGUCUCGAGAGCGUCACUCAUCUCGAGAACGGCCAUCCCCAGCCAAUAACAGCCGUUUCAGUAACCGAUCUUCAUAUUCAAAUCAUAGUAACUACAAACCUCGAAGUCGAACCCCUUCUCCAGCAGGAGCAAGAAAUCCUAGAUUUGAUCCCACUGCUUACAUCAAAGAUAAAGAAAGAAAGAAGAAGGAAACGACAAUGAAAAAACAGAGAAAUGUGCGAUCCAACAUAGGGACUUCCAACAGACCAAAACCUUCCCCACAACACACAUCAAGGUCUUUACGAAAUAGAUCAAGAACAUCUUCAUUUGGAAGUGCGGGAGAACUGAGUGAUGGGGGAUUCUCCGAUUCAUCAUACUCUAGACUUCGAGUCCUGAAUAGAAACUCACAGAGGAACCAUCACAGAAAUGGCUCGGUAGAUUCCUCUAAAGGCUCAUAUCUCUCUAGUCCAGAAAUUCCUCAAAAGACUCGUAGUAGAACUGGUUCAGGAAGAAAGUCCAAAGUUCCUGUGUCCAGUACACCAGACAAUGAGGUCCGAACGCGGCGAAAAAGACCUUCACACAAAGAAAACAUUCCCACCAGCGGAGAUGACAGUGAUUCAUUUGACCGUUCUGCAGAAAUCUCUGAAAUUGAUGCUAGACUGGCUCGACUACAACAGAUGAUGAAGAACAGUAUAGAGUGAAGUCUUAUAGUGUAGACUGGAUACUAGCCAAACAGGGACCAGAUUACUUUGGACUGCAAAGUUUCUGUUGUCUCAGAUAUUUUAGAGUCAUAGUCUCAUAGUCUGAAAAAAAAUCUCUUAAACCAUAGAUGAUGUAUUUUGUAUGAGACACAUUCCCCAUGAUAACAGAUCUGAAAUGCUUUUGCUCGGAAAAUUGGACUACAGUGUAAAAACCAUUCAGUAAAACUGAAAAGUCAUCAGAAAAUUGGCUCUGCAAAAAUUGAUUACAGGUUAUUGAUGCACAUGGUAGUCAUAUAUAUAUUGGUUGUAGAUGUACAUUACACGUAGUAAGAGAUACAAAGUGCAAGUAUCAUGUAUGGAUGAUUGUAAAGAAUUAUGUCUGUAAAUGAAUGAAGGUUAUACAUGAGGCAAUGUUUAUUGAAGUCUGUGUGUAUUUAUUAGAUGUUUAUUUGUGGCACGAGAGUUUUAUAAGAACCAAUGAUGUUACUGCAUUGUUAUUUUAAUACAUUUAUAAAUCACACAGUAAAAUUCA